AUGGCAGAACUCAUUCUCUACAGCCAGACGGAGAUCGAGUACCGUGUCCCAGAAGGGCUUCUGGUCAGUUUCUUGCUCGAGGACGCAAUAGUGUUCACUCUUCGCACCGGCCUCCAAUUCCUCUUUGAGGACCCCAAGCCUGACGACUAUGAUCAGGUCAAUGUCAUGAUUGUCGGCAGCACUGAUGGACGACUCCAUCUCAGCAUACACGACUCAUUCGUCAUUGGGAGCUUUCCUGGGCCCGGACUACCAGGAUCAGGAUCACAGAGUCCGUCCCAGCUUCUGGGCCUGGCAUCGCACAUGGAUAUCUCCACGCACGCACUGCUGAUGGCCGAAACUGGUGAACGCCCCGAGCACUUCCACCUGGUCCCAAUGGAUCUUCCCUUUAUAUCAUCAGUGCCGAUCAACUUGUCAUUGCUUGCCGCCAAGUUGACCACGUUGCAGACGUUGCUGCGAUAUCUGAAACAAACACAGCUCCAUAUGCAAUUCGAAUGGAAGAGCACACGGGAAUUACCAACCAGAUUUCUGCGCAGUGUAGAAGCGGGAUUAGAAGAAAUGGAACGAGGACCAAACAACAUCGUCGCCGCGUUGUAUCAUACUCUCGUCACAGGGCACGCGCAUGGACCUGUGAAAGAGUGGCUCGUCGACAGCUUGGCGGAACGUGGACACAAGCGGUGGGAUAAGGCGGUGGUCUCUGGGCUGGAGAACCUACGGGCCUUGGUUCAUGAGAACUUUCUCCCAGCACUUGAACGUUGCAUCAUCAUACUCAGCCGUCUCCGAGGCCUCGCUCAUUUCCACGAUGAUCGAGCAGACAUUGGCUUCACCGCCGCGCAGAUCAACAAGGUAAUGGACAUAUUGAGCUGCCUGAUGUUGGUGGGCAACAAGAUCUUGCUCCACACCAUGGAUGAGCUCGAUCAUUUCAAAGCCUUCUCGGCAUGGCUGCGCUUCCAGAUUGACCGUCUUGCCCUCUCCAAUUCUGAAGGUGAAGAGCUAACAGAGAGAGAGGCGACGCUGAACACGGGUAAAGCACUGACGUACAUUGAGUCUUAUUUGGUGUACAGCCCUCUGCAAGCGUACCUAGAGGAGGUAGCCGAACAAGAUCGAGAUGAAGCAUGGGGCUACGCUGAGCAAGGCAUCCCACUAAAAGAUGCUAUGCGCGCCCAAAUUCGCAAGCUCGAGCGCAGGCAGGAAGCCAAGAAGGCAGUGCCCAAGGUCCAAUUCUUGGUCGACUUUGGAAUCCAUUGGUCCAACACGAUGUUUGCCCAAAUCGCAGAGGCCAAGAAACGAAGCGUCAGGUUUGGCACCCCCCUCAGGAUGAGCCUUGGCCGAAAGGUGGAUUUGUACGAUACCAGAAUGCAUGCGCUGGACACAGGCUGUAUGACACAAGCUGCCCUUGCUUCCAAGGAUGGAAGCAACCGAGUCUACCUGUUCCGGUUCGAGCUGGCCAUAAAGAACGGCAUCAGCACGAAUACGGGGAGCUAUGCAUGUGCGCUUGAUUUGGGAGACCGUCAAACCGUCGACAUUAAGUACCUCGAUGACAAUCACCUUGCCAUUCUCCACGUCAACUCAGUUCCCACCUCUUCGCAGUCGAUCCCUUUCGCCGCGUACGACGGGACCAACGUCCCUAGAGAGGCCAUCGAGCCCCGUGACUUUACAACAUAUCAGCUGCCGCCCGGUCACAAACCAAUUCGGAUGGAGAUACACGGAAAGGCAAACGUUCGAGGCAAGAUCCCGCAAAGAAUAUGCUUGCUGAGCAGUAAUCGGACGACGUGGCGGACAUAUACUCUACCAGGCGUCACCAAAGAAUAG